AUGAUGACCGAGGACGAUAUCAAAGUGUGGACUGAGCAGGAGACCGUGGCUAUGCGAGAGCGUGGUGAUAAGUUGAACAUAUACAAUGUCAACUUGGAGAAGGCUCCAUCCAUGGGUGAUAUUCGCCUUCUGCUCACGACAGAAGAAAGACAGUCACCCAAUGAGGAGGGUAGAGUCCUGGAAAGUGGAACAGUAACCUGGUUGAGCACUGGAAUAAAUAUCGAAAAGACACAAGAUGACAUACAAGUAAUGGCAAAACACCUCACCAAGCGAAGCUCCACCACAGACAAGAAUUCGGUGGAGACGAAGCGAAAUUUGCUGCAGAAAAGAAUUGAUGGAUUUCACAAUCGCGCAACGGCACUAUUAGAUGGUGAAGACAUUGAGCACUUAGAAAUCUCCUCUAAUGAGGUGGCAGAUGAAGAGGGUUGGACCAUGGAGGAUGUGGAGGAGAAUCCAGAAGAUAUUGAAGAGGAGGUGUUGCCAGAGAACAUCACUCUCCUGCUUCCCUCCUCACUUGGCAUUGAGCAAUGCAAGACGGUGGGAUGA